CAUGGCUUCCAGUCUAGCUAGUUCGUGUAUCGCUGCUCGUCUGCCGAUUGUGGUCGUUUUGGGAGCUACGGGGACGGGGAAAUCGAAGUUGGCGUUGGAAAUAGCCAGCAGAUUUAAAGGAGAGAUCAUCAGCGCGGAUUCUAUGCAGGUGUACAAAGGCCUGGACAUUGUGACAAAUAAAGUAACAGCAGAGGAGCAGGCACAGGUACGACACCACCUCUUGGAUUUUGUGGACCCCUUGUCUCGGUACACUGUCGUUGACUUUCGAAAUGCUGCCCUUCCUGUUUUGGAGAAUCUCCUCUCACUGAACAAGAUGCCUGUCGUAGUGGGUGGCACAAAUUACUACAUCGAAUCGCUCCUGUGGAAUGUACUCGUGGAUAGUCUGCCAGCAAGCGAGGAGGAUAGCUCAGCUCCCAAAAAGUUGGUCUAUGAUCGGGAUAAGGAGUUUUACGUGCAGUCGUCCAAGCGAAACGCCAGUGGCUCGAAAGAUGGUGAUGAGAUUGCCUGGAAAAAGAGCAAGUUAAAUAGUGAUGCCAUUCUCAGCAGUGAGUGCAGUGGUGGUGAUAGUGGUGAUGGCAGUGGUGGGUGCUGUGGUGCCGAUGGUGUAGAAAGUGUUGAUAACAAUAAUUCUAUUGGUAGUGCUAAAAAAAGUGGUGAUGUGCAAUGUGAAGGAAACACCAAGGAAAAUAAGUUAAUUAAUGGAGGAGAAAAGCCCUUGGGAAAUGAAAAAUGUGGUAAUCAUAGUGAGGAGGAGAGAGAAAGAGGAAAAGAGGAGGAUGUCGAUAGUGCAAAGUGUGCAGUGUGGCAAGAUACAGAGAUUCCAACAGAGGAGUUAUAUCAAAGGUUGCAAAAGAUUGAUCCGGACGCAGCCGCCCAGUAUCAUCCCAACAACCGCAGGAAAAUAAUAAG